AUGGCUCUUCCACCUGGACUGCGAGCCCUGGCGAUUGGGGACCCUCAGGCACCUCACUGUCUCGAGUUGUACGUGGGUGAGUAGGCGAGCCGGAUAUCGCACCUUCAUGUCCAGACAGGCAUGCAUGACACAAGCUUGACAAUCACAAUCUGCUCGGUCUCGCUGCUCAAGACUUUACGUGUCCGUUUAGCAAGAAGCAACUGUCCGGUGUGAAUGAGCACCUCUUGCCCCUGAUCAGCACUUCUGGAGAAUACAACAACAAAGUUCGCAUUCUCCUACGUCCCUAUCCUCAACCAUGGCACAGUACCAGUCCUUUGCUCACCGAAGCCGCAGUUGCGGUGGCCAGAUUGGCCAAACCAAGAGGUACAAGUUCGGAGUACGAAGCGGAAUGGCAAAAACUUUGCAAUGCUGAGGAGAAUGCUGCUUGGGUCUUUGCAAAGGCUCUGUUCGAGGAGCAGGAAAAGUAUUUCGAUGGACCUGCGAAGAACAAGAAUGCUGAUCAGGUGAGCUCUGAAGAGCAUAGGAUAGGCUCCACCUCAUUCUUCCCUACCACUUGCGAGUCAUCUUCUGACUCUACAUCUCUGUGGGCAAAAUCCAGAUCCGAGCAGAGCUCGCCUCGCUGGUCAUUUCAACGCUCGGCGAAGCUCCCAGAGUGACCAAAGGCAGACCUCUGCUGCAAGCUCCCGAGAAGGGUCUUCCCUUGGGCCAAGCCAUCAAGAACCUCCUUAGGGUGGAGAAGGAAGGUAAUGCGGGAUCUCAAGUGGUUGGAGAUGUAAAGUGGUGCGUCAAGAUGGGGAGACAAAAUGGAAUUCACGUUACUCCUACCGCUGGUGAGUGGGCAGAGGCUCAGGAAGGGUGUGGGAGACGAUGGCUGAUUGGCCCGCCUGGGCUGCUGCACGCAUCAUAGUCUGGGAUGGUCUCGUUCAGCCUGCCAUGUAAGUCGCGACGAAUUGAUCGAACGUCGCGGACAAGUCCAUUCUGACACUGCUCUACUCUACUCUGGCGCCAGCUCGUCCUCCUUUGGUGCAGAAGAGUGGAAGAAGUUCUUGGACGAGCAAGUAGGCGGGAGUUGA